AUGAACAACAUGAACGGUGCGAGUAUUCGCUCCAGUCUCUCCUCCUAUGGGGAUCCGAAAUAUGCCUCCUCAAUCUCAGUGCUGGGGGUACUUCCUCCUCCUUCCAAGGCUCUCGUCGAUGGGUAUAGGAGUGGUCUUGACUCCAUUCAGGAUGAGAUCCCGCGAUACAAUCCGCUCAAUGCCUCUCACUCGAGAAGUUCAGUCCUUUUAAACGCGAACGAUCCGGUUGUUUUGCACCUCCUCACGGAGACCGCCAUAGGGGACAGUAUGCAUUUUGAGGUACUAUCCUUUGAAGAAGCGGAGGGCCUUAAAAAGGAGCUCCUACUACUCACAAACCGCAUUGAUUCCUCAAAGCGGAAAUUAGCCUUGGAAAUGAAACUACGGGAUGCAGCUCUAUCGCUCAGCAGGCUAUCAGAUGGCCAAUCGGGGCGCGACAGUGGGGAAAUGUACGGGGCACUUUCACCAAAGUCGGCACGUAAGCGCAUGAGUUUCCUUGACCGGAAUAGUUGGGGAGAACAGAACCGCUCGGACAGCGAGCUUGCUAUAAGCACGCGCAAAUGCGAAGAAUUAGCGCAGGAGCUUUGGAAGCUCGAACGCAGGGCCAGUGAGCUGAGGAGAAGGCUUUUAGAGCACACUGCGGGCGUGCUGCAAAUGACACAUAAAGGCCUUAAGAAAAGGCCAGCUGCGGGUAACAACCUUCCUCGAAGCCAGGACAUCGUGUAUGGCGCACGAGAUCAUAGUGCGCAUCCCGUUCCUCCCCACGAAUUUGAUAAUCGAAGCCUUUACUGGACUGCGGAUCAUCUCGAUGAAUAUGGAAGGCCUUAUGGCCCGGGGAAUAUGCCACGUUCACUAAACGAAGAAUCUAGAUCAAUUGAUAUGACAGUGAUACACAACACCGAGAAAAAACUGGAGGACCUAAGCAAUCGUUUACGCCAGAUGCUCUUACAAGCCAAUUCAGAUGAGGAUGUGGAUCCUGUACCCAAUUCCCGUGGCGGUGAAUCUAGAGAUCCCGUGGCUGGAAUGGAAGCGCACCUUGCGUACCUUGAACGCAAUUUAAGUUCCAUAGCACACCAACAACCCAAGGAACCGUCCCAAGAAUCAAAUGAGAUACCAGAAUUUGUGUAUGAUGCGGAAGAGAAACUGGAGCAGGUGAACCUACGGCUUGACAGCAUCCUCAAGACCUCUGGCUCCCACUCUCCCCUUACAUCAUUUCCACCAGGCCCCAGAAGAACUUUGCAGGAACAACUUGACUACCUUGAACCUAAUAUUGACAUCAUCCAGCAACGAGUGGAGAGCCUAGCCGAACAGAAAACCAUUCUCACAACUCAAAUACAACAACAAAGAGAACUCAAUUCGAAAUCAGAUGCAGAGAGAGAUGCCCAUUUUGCCGAACUCCAUGAACAGAUAGCUAUCCUAAAGAAGGAUUUAGAUAUUUCACAGAGAGAUGCUAGUGGCACUAGAGACGAGCUUACUUUGGUAAUGGAUCAACUUGACGCUGCUCGACAAGAAUCGAUGAUUCGGGAACAGCAGCGUACUGAAGAGGACGCGAAGGCCUUAUCCAGCGUGAAGGAAGCUAGGAUGAAAGCCGAGGAGGAGCUGUCCGCCAAAAACGACAUAAUCGCUCAGUUAGAAGGUUCUCUGCAGAAAGAGCGUGACGAGAAAGAGUCGAAAAGAAUGGAAGCCCUUGCAGCGAAAGAGUCCUCGGACAAAGCACUUCAAAAACUGCAGUCAGAAUACGACGAGCUCGAAAGUGAAAUGAUCCGUGUCCGAACGGAGCUCACAAUGGUGCAGGCAGAACUUGAUGGUGCCUACGGGAGCCGUGCUGAACGCGCAGCUCAAGUGGCAGCAAAUCCGGCGAUUCAAAAAGAAAUUGACGAUCUCAAUCAGCUCAAUAGGAGCCUCACAGAGGAAAUCUCCAUUCUUCGGGCGGAACAACUCAACAACAGCAAUGACGGUGAUGGAAAAUCUGGCCUCCAGACAAGAAUUCAGAUGCUGGAAAAGGAACUUAGAGAUACGAUUGACGAUUAUGAAGUAAUGACAAAGGCCAGCAUUGAGUUUGAGAAGGAGCGUGACAAACUCGAGACCUUCAUUGACAACCUUCGCGAUCGCUGUGAGAGCCUCGAGUCAAAGCUCUGUGAGGAACGAGUGCAAAACCUGGGGAAUAGUAGCCCUGGCUACGCGAACGGGUUUGACAGGGGCGCUUCCGAAACAACGUCCACCAUGGUGCUCAAAAAUGAAUUUAAGAAGAUGAUGCGCGAUACCCGGGCUGAAAAUAUGCGACUUCUAAAGGCUGAACAAGAAGAAAGACGGCGACUGGAAGCUUUGAUCCGAAACCUCCGGAAGGAGCAGAGCGUUGGAAAGUCGAACCUGAGCCAGAGCACCAUUUCAUCUUGA